AUGCCAGAGCUUUCCCUGGAAUCUACUGCUGUGAACGACAGUCAAGACGAGCAGGAACAAAUGAAGAAUAUCAUGCUAUUCCUCUGCUGGGGUGUGGCUCUUCUGAGUGCCUUGGACCGGGUCGCCAUGUCGGUGGCCAUGGUACCCCUCAGUGCCGAAUUUGGGUACUCCGAAACCAUGAAGGGGACCGUGUCAUCUCUGUUUAGUGUGGGCUACGGGUUGGGCAUUGUCCCGGCAGGCAUUAUUGUGGCCACCAUGUCACCCCGUAUAGUCAUGGCCUGUGGGAUUACGGUGUGGAGUCUGGCCACCAUUGUCACGCCCGCGGCCGCGGGGGCGACUACUAUGCUACCCCUGCUCUUGGCAAGAGCCAGUGUGGGUGCGGCAGAAUCCGUGGUGUUGCCGACUUUGCAAACACUCCUCUCCAGUUGGACCACCACCGGACAAAAGUCCCGAUCUUUGGCCACGGUGUUUUCCGGGUUUCAUGCGGGAACAGUGGGGGCGUACUUCAUCUCGCCUCUGGUCAUUGAUUAUCUCGGAGAUUGGAGGUAUAUCUUUUUGGUCUAUGGAGGGCUUGGACUGUUUUGGUUGAUCCCCUGGUUAUCCCUCGCCAAGGAUGCUCCCGACAGCAACGACUCUUUGAAGGAACCAUUGGUGGUGGAUGUGACGCCCACAGCCGCCAUUGCUGUAACGGAAGAAACCCAACCCAAUAAUAUCAUGGCAGAAGUCACCAAGUCGAUGGAAACCCUCAAGGAGGCUCCAUGGAUGGGAUUUGUGAAAUCCAAAGGGGCCUGGGCUAUGCUGCUUGCUCAUGCCGCCAACAAUUGGGGGCUCUACAAUCUCUUGGCGUGGUCGCCCACCUUUUAUUCGGAACAGUACGGACUCAAUGUCAAAGAAUCGGCACUCUUCUCCAUAUUGCCCAGUGUAGCGGGGGCUCUGGGUGCAUUGCUAGCGGGUUCCCUCUCCGACAAUUUGCUGCAACGGCUUGACGAUGACCUCGACGAAGAGGAACGAGUCCAAGCCAUUACCAAUAUUCGAAAGGCAUUCCAGGGGACUGCGUUGUUCAUACCGUCUGUGUCACUCUUGACCCUUUCCUCGCAUAUUCCAGACCAGCCGUGGGUGGCUCAACUGCUACUGACGAGUACCACCGGCCUCAUGGCAUGGAACAGUGCUGGUUACCUUUCAGCAAACCAGGAAAAGGCUGGGGAAAAGUGGGCCGGAUUGCUGUACUCCAUCACCAGUUUACCAGCUGUCAUGACGGGAACCUUUGGAGUGUUUUUGACUGGAAAGAUUUUGGAUUAUACGCAACAAGAUUGGAGUGUCGUCUACGGGUUGAAUGCUGCCGUAUUCCUUCUUGGUUCCAUCGCAUUCGUUUCCCUGUACGAUGCCAAACGAGAGUUUGAUUAG